AGACUAAAGAACUAGAACAAGUGUGUUGGUCAUAGUGUGUGUGUAUGUCCUGUGUGCGAGUUCUUCCGACGCUAAAUAGAACGGUUUGCUUAGACAUAUUAAUCCCAAAAUUGCCAUUUUUCUCCUUUUAGAGAGAGAGAGAUCAGAAAAAUCUCAGAUAGGGAAGAUUGCAGGCGAGGGCAAAUUUUUGGUCUUUUUUUUUUUUGAGUGUUUCAAUUUUUCAACUGGAAAUCCAAUGAAGGCUAUGAGAACGUAUGGGUCAUUGAAGCUAUGAUCUUGUAGGCACAGAAAGCGAUCUUCGAUGCGCUGAUUAGAUUGGCCGAUUCAGUCGUGUUUUUUUGGGGGUCGUUGAUUCCAUUUCCUGACAAAUGAACGGUGGCGAUGAAGUCGUCGCAGCUCCGGCGGGUCCACCGCAGCCGCUGGAGUGGAAAUUCUCGCAGGUUUUUGGGGAACGUACGGCCGGGGAGGAAGUUCAGGAAGUGGACAUCAUUUCUGCCAUUGAAUUUGACAAGUCUGGUGAUCAUCUUGCUACUGGUGAUCGUGGUGGUCGAGUAGUUCUAUUUGAGAGGACUGAUUUGAAAGAUCAUGGAGGAUCAAGAAGGGAUUUGGAAAGGAUGGAUUAUACAAUAAGUAGGCAUCCUGAGUUCCGAUACAAAACUGAGUUUCAGAGUCAUGAACCUGAGUUCGAUUAUCUAAAGAGCUUGGAAAUCGAAGAGAAAAUAAACAAAAUCAGAUGGUGCCAAACAGCUAAUGGUGCCUUGUUUCUUCUAUCUACAAAUGAUAAAACCAUCAAAUAUUGGAAGGUUCAAGAAAAGAAGGUCAAGAAAAUAUCUGAGAUGAAUGUUGACCCUUCGAAAGCAAUGGCAAAUGGCUGUAUUGGCAGUAUCGCUAGUUCAAGUGAUUCAAGUAGCCCUAGGCCAUAUCUUGCAAAUGGAGGAUCUCCAGAUAAAUCAUACUGUUAUCUGACCAGUGACUUCUCAUUUCCACCUGGGGGCAUCCCAUCAUUAAGAUUACCUGUGGUAGUAACCAGCCAUGAGACCAGUCUUGUAGCACGAUGCCGUAGAGUAUAUGCCCAUGCUCAUGAUUACCAUAUCAAUUCUAUAUCAAGUAACAGUGAUGGUGAAACUUUCAUAUCUGCUGAUGAUUUGCGGAUAAAUCUGUGGAACCUAGAAAUUAGCAGCCAAAGUUUUAAUAUUGUAGAUGUAAAGCCUGCAAACAUGGAGGAUCUGACUGAGGUUAUAACAUCAGCCGAGUUUCAUCCUACCCAUUGUAAUAUGUUGGCCUAUAGCAGUUCAAAGGGUUCGAUCCGUCUUGUUGAUCUGCGCCAAUCAGCAUUGUGUGAUACUCAUGCCAAAUUAUUUGAGGAACAGGAGGCCCCAGGGUCCAGAUCGUUUUUUACAGAGAUUAUUGCUUCAAUUUCAGAUAUAAAAUUUGGGAAGGAUGGAAGAUAUAUACUUAGUCGUGAUUACAUGACUCUAAAGUUGUGGGACAUUAAUAUGGAUUCUGGCCCGGUUGCAACUUUCCAGGUUCAUGAAUAUCUAAGACCUAAGCUUUGUGAUUUAUAUGAAAAUGAUUCAAUUUUUGACAAGUUUGAGUGUUGUCUGAGUGGCGAUGGGUUGCGCGUAGCGACUGGUUCUUACAGCAACCUAUUUCGUGUGUUUGGCUGCAUCCCAGGAAGUACUGAGGCUGCAACCUUGGAAGCCAGUAAAAACCCAAUGAGGCGACAAGUUCAGACCCCUGCAAGGCCAGCUAGAUCACUGGGAAGUAGUUUAACUCGAGUUGUAAGACGAGGAGCUGAUAGUCCGGGUGUCGAUGCAAAUGGGAACUCCUUUGAUUUCACUACAAAGUUGCUGCACUUAGCAUGGCAUCCGACCGAAAAUUCAAUUGCCUGUGCUGCUGCAAAUAGUUUGUACAUGUACUAUGCAUAAAGGUGAGGAUUGAAGAGGACGUGCAUUUGCUUAAUUAACCAGUUUUUGGGUUGCUGUGGAGAAGAAGGCAUUUUUUUCUUCCUAACACCCAUUGAGUUGGAGGCUACAUUAACUCUCACUACAAGCGCCCUUCAAAGUUAUUAGCAGACAGCUUUUAGGGAAGAAUCCAGAAGUGGCCGGUACCGAAUUCCCGGGUAGGCGGACCUGACUUUGUUUCUGGAUGGGCAGCAUCUCUCUCUCUCUCUCUCUCUCUCUCUCUCUGUUUUUCUUUUUUUGUUAUAAUUCCUCUCCUUCCAACCCUAAUAUUCUUUUCAGUUAGCUGUAUCUUCUUCUAAAAGGGAAGGUUCAGUCAAUGUUUCAGAAUUGUGUUUGGCUUGCUUGCAAGUGAAGGGAAAAAAAUGUGAUUGUAGCUCUCCUACAACAGAUACUAAAGGAUGUUCAAUAUCUGCCACUAGGAUUAAGAUAAAAUGUAGCUUUUUUCCCCCUUUUGCUCAA